AUGACUAUGAGGACAAACAUGAGUGAAACGGUCUCAAUCCAAGGGAGGAACAUCAAAUGGACCAAUUUGGGAACCGGAAGAGGGGCACUAACGGUGUUUAUAAACGGAGUUCCGACAGAAGUGACGAGAGGAGGAAUAGACACGAAAGCAAUGUUUGGAGAAGAUUUGGUUUUGGUGCAUUCCUCAGGUGUUCCUCUUCCUACUGAUGAGUUUGGUUAUCUGAUGCAUAGCUUACAACAUGGUGAAGCUUAUUUCCUGGUUCCAAGACAGGCAUGA